CUCUCCGCUGGCUUACACACAACAACAUAUCGCAAGAUCGAUGGCGACGACGAAUUGCCUCCUCGCGCUCGCAAUCGCGGGCCUCGUGCUUGUCUCCCUCCCAGGACUCUCGCGCGGCGACGUCGACGCUCGCCGCGGCCGCGAGCUGGCGGGCGGGUGCAACCCGAGCGGCACGCUCCGCCCGAGCAGGAGCCACUCGUGCCAGGACUGCUGCAAGGCCGGCCGGUCCUACCCGACGUACGCUUGCUCCCCGGCGACCACCGGGAGCACCAAGGCGGUGAUGACGCUGAACGACUUCGAAGCCGGCGGCGACGGCGGCGACCCGUCGGAGUGCGACGGCAAGUUCCACAAGAACACGGAGCGCGUGGUGGCGCUGUCCACGGGGUGGUACGCCAACGGCAGGCGCUGCAACAAGAACAUCCGGAUCAACGCCAACGGCAGGUCCGUGCUCGCCAAGGUCGUCGACGAGUGCGACUCCCUGCACGGCUGCGACAAGGAGCACGCCUACCAGCCGCCGUGCCGCCCCAACGUCGUCGACGCGUCGCAGGCCGUGUGGGACGCGCUCCGCAUCACCGGCGAAGACGUCGGCGAGUACGAUAUCACUUGGUCGGACGCAUGAGAUCGACCGGUCCGUGAUACUGUUCCAAAUCCAAACUUUUUCAUCAUAUCAUCGACGAAGAGAUCGUGUAGCGUACUCGGGUGGAUUAAAGUCUUAAUAACGAGUACGGUCACAUCCGAAAGGAAUAAAUAUUACAACGUUUAAUAAAGGACAUGGGCAUUGCUACAAAAAGAGCCCUACCAUGGACUUCCGAGAAGCACCACCGUGCACUAGGGUGUCCACACAUUUCAGCCUUAAGAUUACUGGAUUAUUUUUUUUUUACCUUUGAGGUCUUUUUUAAAAAUUUAUUUACAAGCAAACUCUUGAAAAAACAUAUUCCAUGAAUGAAACAUUUUCAUGAUGCCAGCGUCA